AAGAAGGAGAUUACAAUUUUGUAGUCCCAAGGUAGAAUUAUAGAUAUUUGCGGCAAUAGAAUAGAUAAAGAUAUAAUUUUUUUGUUUGUUCGCAAGGAUAUUGACGUCUAGUUUUAGUUUGUGAAUUGUGUGUGUGCGCGCGUGUCUCUCUCUCUCUCUCUAUGGAAAAUGAUGAACAAGUGAAACUAAUUUUAUAGAGCGAUAAUGGAGUUUUUUUUAGAUUGGCAGCGGUAAUUUGGAGUUGUGGGUUUCAUCAAGAUUGCAAAUUCCAGUUUGGUUCAGUCUCCUAUUUCGAAAGAAAUUGAGUUGUUCGGAGGAAAGGAAGUGCAUCCCUAAUCGUAACCCGUCCCAUUCAGAAUUCUGACCUUCUUCCUUUUUUCAUCCCUGAAAACUCCAACUCUGCACUCGAAUCUGCUCUCCCUCGAACUUGGAACCCCUCCAUUACAAACCCCAACACUUCCUUUUUGUUCCCUGAACUUCCUUCCCAUAACCUCCUCAAUAUCUUCCCAAUUAAGACGGAAGUUUUCUUUUGGCUGGCCGAGGGAGUUUCUCCUCGUUUCAUCAUAGGGUUUUAGUUUGUACUAGGUGUUUAGACGAUUCAAGUGUUUCUUUCUUUUCUCGCCGCUGCGUUCUGAUUUUUUCAACUCAUGGAAGCUUACAGGAAGUGGGUUAGGGACAACAGAGACUAUCUCCACUCUUUUGAGUCUCUUGCGAAUGGUUUGACGUGGCUUCUUCCUGAACGGUUUUCUGAUUCAGAAAUUGGACCAGAAGCAGUUUCUGCCGCUGUUGGCAUUAUCACUGCAGUCAAUGAACACAUAAUUGAAACAGCUCCAACCCAGAUGCAUGUAAACGCAACUAUGCCAUCUUCAUUUCCUUAUUCAUUGUGCAUAGCUGCUCUGAAAAACUUGGAAACAUUGAUUGAGGUUGCUGCACAACAAUAUUAUGGUGAUGAUAAACGAUGGAACUUCAUUGCUGUUACAGAGGCUAUGAAGGUACUAUUUAGAUUAGCUCUGUUCAAGAAUAGUGGGUACAAGAUACUUCUUGAAGGAGGCGAAACGACAAAUAAUGAAAGGCAUCUGGAAACUUCAACUUCUCAGCACAAAGCUAAUGCUUUUACAAAGCAUGGCGGGCAUCAUGCAUCUGGCUUUUCAGGAUAUCUUAAUGGACAUAAUCCAUGGAAUCUAGAAGGGAGGGCAUUAUCUGCAUUAAGCAGGUUUGGGGAAAAUGCUCAGAUGAUUUCACCACCAGCAUGGUCGCACCGGGUUCAACACCAGCAUGCGAUAUUGAAUCCUCCAGCUACGAUACCUGAGAGGCCUACACUUUCCACUAUUUUGUCUGAACAGGGUCAUCGUGGGGCUCUUUUCAUAACUGGAGAAGUACUUUUUAUAACCAGACCGCUUAUUUACGUUCUUUUAAUCCGCAAGUAUGGGAGUCGGUCGUGGACUCCUUGGUUUCUUUCUCUGGCUGUGGACCUCCUCGGGACAAGCUUUCUAUCAUAUGCUACCUCUGCUUCAGCAAGUAGAAAAGAUCAGAGAUUGCGCCUUUCUGACUCUGAGAAGGACGAGCUGAGAAGACGGAAGAUGCUCUGGGCAUUUUACCUCAUGAGAGACCCAUUCUUUGAGAGAUAUACAAGGCGAAAACUUGAAGGGGCCGAAAAAGUUCUGGAACCUGUACCUUUUGUUGGAUUCCUCACAGCAAAAAUUGUGGAGCUUAUUGUUGGAGCUCAGACAAGAUAUACUUACAUGUCAGCCUCAUAAGAUGAGAGAUGGAAAUUGGAGUUGAUGCUUUUCUGGUCCUUGAAUGAAGCUUCAAAGUCUUCCCUCCUGGUUUCUUCUUCUUUCUACUCUUCAUAGGAAUAUUUGGUGAUAUUUAUUUUUGUAUUGAACUAUUUUGAGUGGUAAUUUAGCUAUGUUUAUAUCACUGGUGAAAUAAAAUGUUUUUAGAGUUUGAAAAUUUUGUAUUGGUAGCUUUAUUUCAAAAUAUGUAAUUAGGUUAGGUCGACUGUAGAUUAUAUUUAAAGCAGUAAUUGACCCUAAUAUUCAUUAUCAA